UUCCGCCUCCUAUUCCUCCUAAGCCAGCCAAACUUCAGGUAAAAAGUCCAGAAUUAUGUCCACAGAUAGAUGAGGAUGAAUUCUUGAAUGCCAUAAUAUCUGAAAUUGAUAUUUCUGAGCUGGAAAUUAUUGAAUCAGAUUCUGAGCCCAAAAAUAUUGAACCAGCUCCUGAACCCAAAAUUAUUGAACCAACUCCUGAACCCAAAGCUACUAUUUAUAAGGAGGAGGACAUUGAAAAGAUGUAUGAUAAUGCUAAGUGCAGUUGGGAGAGAUUUGGCAAUGAUCCUGAUGAUUUUACUUGGGAAUGUUUUAUUGAGGAAAUAGACAAUCUUCCUCAGGAUAUAAAAUGUGAAGCUUCAUGGCAUCAAUCUCUUCAUUUGCUUGUACAAUCCCAAAGAGGUAGAUUAAAUAGAGGAAGACUCCUACUAAUCAAGAAAUUGCAUCCGGAAUUUCCAAUUAUCUAG